AUGCAGGAAGAUCUUCCCAAAAUCCCCAAGAGGGACUUCCUAGUCCCAAAGAAUCUUAAUGGCGGUUCUUUGUUCGACACAUCGGACGACGAAGAUGGCGUCUUCACCCCUGGUCCAGGUUACUCGUCAGCCGCGACUAGUCUAGGCUCAAUUCUCGGUCCUAAUAAGAUCGCACCGUCUACGCAGCCUUCUCGGCCGGCGACUCCUAGAGCCUCUCUUUUGAAUCCUAAUGCUCCUCGAAAUAACGGUGAAACUGUCGUCCUUGCUCCGGUGGCUGCCCCACCAACACCAACUUCGCUUAUUGAGCAACGAGAGCGAGAACGAGAGCUACUUCGAAAGCGCAAGAGGGAGCAAACUCCCGUUGAAGAUCCAGUUCAAAUACAAAUACAAACAGAGCACCGCGAUCGUGAAGGCAGACUCCUAGAACGCGGGUUUAAGAGUCCGAGUCCUAGUUCUUUGAAGCCAAUUAUUAAAAGGUCACCCAAAAGAGUUAGUGUUAGAUUUAGUGAUGUUCUCAAGGCUUCUCCGAAUCUCACAUCGGCCUCGGUAGCUCUUGCUAAUGUGCAAAAGACCAGGAAGAGUAGCAUUGAUGCCACAGUUCGAAAUGAAACUAUCAGAGAAGAGUCGUCGGAUACUGUAGAAGAAGCCACGACCUCAGCCACGCCGGCCCCCAAGGUGAAGCGUCGUAAGGCUAACAAGUUUGGCCUUUCCGCUGGUUCCUUCGGAGUUCUUUCUAGCAGCGUUAUUGCCGCCUGCGUCGGGUAUCUUACUAUGAAAAGUUUCUCGAAUGAUUCUAGAACAUCUGAUAUUUUGGCCAACCUCUGUAAGUUGGAGGCUAUACAAAGUUUCGGCGAUGCAGUACCGUUUUGCUCCAGUCCCGGAAUCCGUGCCGGAAAACCUCGUGGGCCUAGAUACCACAAGGGUGAUCAGUCCCCGCCAGACUAUAAACGGCUUAUGGAAUUGCAAUUUAGUUUUGAGAAGAUCUUGGAGGACUCUGUUGGAGGUAGUAGACUUGCCUACGACAUGAAGAAUAGUGAGAUGGCGGUUCGAGAUUUGACCAUACUAGUUCGAGUCUCCGGCCUUGCCUGUCGUGAGCAAUUAUCAAUCCAUCUAGAGGAGUUUGGCGACAAUGCACGCAUUGCAUCACGCAGCCUCUCCAAGUUCUCUUCUCGCGUUAUGGGAACUAUCGACAGCAUUCUUGCCCUUGACGAAUGGGCAAAGAAAACUCUAGAAAAUAUAAGAGAUUCGGAAUCGGGUCCCAAGUCUUUUAGCAGCUUGGUUCUGUGGAGGGAUAAUGACCAGAUUCGCAGAGACGUCGCCAAUACUUUCACCAAGACGACCGAAGGAAUGAAUGGACAGCUGCAACGACUAGUUCUAGAAGCCCAGAACGUUCUCACUAUUCUCGACCAGCUGGAAGAAAAACUUACAACAAUUCACGAAAUCAUCUCCCGCGAAGCUAAUCACGUCAAGAUGGAGCAUGACGAAGUUUUGUCCGCAAUCUUCACUAAACUCGGAGCCAACAAGCAGAAAAUCGCCCGCAGCAAGGAACAAGUUGCCUUGUUACACAACGUAAAUCACUAUCGAAAAACGGCGCUCAGCCACGUUUCCGCCACUGUUGUUGAACUCGACCGCAUGAGCGCCGAUCUCGAACAACUCAGGGAAACAGUUGCAGCACCAAGCCUUAUGGAGGGGAUUGUCGAAGUUCCUAUCGAACUCCACAUUCGAAAUAUCGAUCAAGGGAUUCUACGUUUGACUGCCGGAAGAUUAAAGGCCUCGACUAGAAAAGAGGAGUACACACAAGCUGUCCUCGCCGGGGUUGAUUACUCGAACAUGUUGAUCAAUUCCCAAAUUGCCGAUGCUGCAUCGCAGCAAAUUCUCCAUAAUGUGGAGUUAUAA